AGUCUGACAGAGCCACAUGCAUGAUGUUGUGUUGUUGUUGUUUCUGAUCAUUUCCAGGGAUUUAAAACUGAUUCUUCCGUGUAAGUUUGACUUUUUCUUAUGAUAUUAGUAUGUUUUAAUGCGAAUGUAGUCUGUGUUUGAUAUUAAACAUUAGCAGGUAACAGUUAUGUCGCUUUUCCUGGUCAGUUUAAAUGUAACUUCGCAUACUUAGUUCUGAUUUCUGACACCUUUAUUCCCAACAUAUUCUCCAAACCUCUAUUUAGUUAAGUCAGUGAAGUGUUUAAUCUUGAACAUGUGGUUUUUCUGUCUCUUCUCAUGUGUUUAUAUUUUUACAGUCCUUUGGUCUAAACUGAGUUUCCUUUGAGGAUAAAAUGCGAAACUUGAAGCUGCUGAAGAGUCUGAGGAGCUCAGAGCUGCAGGGUCCAGGUUCACCGCUCUGUCUCUGUGUCCGGGCUGAUACUGGAUCACUCCUGGUCGCCUCAAACUUCUCCAUCACAGAGUAUGACCCACGGUCCGGACAGGUGAGCUGAAGAUCUUCACUGAUCCUUUAGUUUGGUUUACCUCAUUGAAACAGCUGGGCCAUUCUGUUUAGAUAUUUGGGCUUCAUGUAGGACAAGUGCUGCAUUUGAGGAUUCACUCAUCACCACCUUGGUCCUGCAGGUUCUCAGUGAGGCCUCGCUGACAGCUGAGGGUUUCCUCCAGGAGGAUGGAAGUGGAGAGGUGGUGGGGCUGCAGGACUUGGCUGAACUGGAGUCUGCGUGUUUGGCCACAGCUGGUGGGGAUGUCAUCCUCUUUAACCUGAACACGUGCAAGGUCAGCACACGAGAAAAGACAGAAAAUAUCUUUAUGAAAAUGAGGGGGACUUUACUUUAUAGUUAAAGGGAUAUUCCGGCAUAAAAUUAAUUUAGGGUCAAACACACCGUAACACCGAGUUAGACACCCCCCUCUCGGUCUGAUUGCAUUUCCAUGAAGAAAUGUCCUGUUGAUGAAGUUAGGUGCUUUUCUGAGCAUUAUUUGUGGCUAUAGAGUGGCGUUUUAGUUCAGGUUUGUUUAUGCCUCCUCAGACUGCUGUGUAUUGCUAUAGUGCAGUCGCUACUAAAGUUGGUAUAACAAGAGAAACAAGCGGUCGGCAUCAUUCAUCUCUCAAGGGGGUGUCUAACUCGGUGUUACAGUGUGUUUGACCCUAAAUGAAUUUUCUGCCAGAAUAUCCCUUUAAGAUUAGAGUUAGUUAUAAAUUAAGAUCAACAAAUAUAUUACAUCGAUAAGGGUCUACACUGAAGUGUGUGGUUUUUGUCCCACAGUUGGAGUGCGUCGGCAGUGUUGACAGCGGUCUGACCUCGAUGAGCUGGAGUCCCGAUGAAGAGCUCGUCAUUCUCACUACAGGUCAGUUUAUUUCGCACGUCUCCUUAAAUUUCCAUUUAAAGCCACUGUAAGGAGUUUUAGGUGGUAAUGAAACAGCCCGAGAUAAAUGUUGACACUUUUAUGACCACUCAAAGCAAACCAGACCAAUCAGCAGCAAGAAUGAGUGAUCCUGUGAAGUUAUUUCUACAUAGAUAGUGUGACAUAUAAGCCAGUUUAAGAUCAAUGUGUAAAUGUGAAUAACUUUGUAAUUUAGUGAAUUAUAUGCUGUGCAGAGGAGGAACCUUUCUAAAUUUGUGUCCACAGGUCAGGAGACGAUCAUCAUGAUGACCAAAGACUUUGAGCCGAUCACUGAGGUUGGAAUUCACCAGGAUGACUUUGGAGAAGGUACUAAAGCUGUAAAAAGUCUCUGUUUAUAUUAUCAUGUAGGGACCACAAGAGGAUUCUUGUUGGUGGAUCUGUGAUUAGAUGAAGGUUUUUCAUGAAAACGUUUGAUACAGUGCAUGUUUUGUCAAACAGGGAAGUUCGUCACUGUCGGCUGGGGGAAGAAGGAGACUCAGUUUCAUGGCUCGGAGGGGAAACAGGCAGCCCAGAGGAAGAUCCAGGUGUGUGAUCAUUCAUCAGCACAGCCUAGAAAAUAAAACCGGAUCAAAAACUGUUAAAAAUACUCGAUACUUCUGCUCUGACAGGAGGUGCAGCCGGCUGCAGCCUGGGAUGACCGCCGGCCGCGGGUGACGUGGCGAGGUGACGGUCAGCUGUUCGCUGUCAGUGCUGUUUGUCCUCAGACCGGAGCUAGAAAGGUCCGGGUCUGGAACAGAGAGGGAGUCCUGCAGGCCACCAGUGAGCCCAUCAACGGACUGGAGCAGGCGCUCUGCUGGAAGUAAGGGCACCACCGAAGCUUGGAGCUUGAAACCACUGAAUUAAUUUCAGUUUUGCUUUCUAUGUGGAGAAUGUUUUAACUCUUUAUAACCUGGUGUGUGAAAUAAAAGCAGAAUGAGCAGUUUCCUGGUCUCUAAAAAUGGGAAAUUUCUCCUUUUUUGUGUGUUUUAGACCGUCGGGCAGCCUGAUAGCGAGCACACAGCGUCAUCCCAACAAACACAGCGUGGUCUUCAUGGAGAAGAACGGACUGCUGCAUGGAGACUUCACCCUCCCCUUCAGCAAAGACCAAGCCAAGGUGAGUUUAGCAAAGCCAGACUGCAGUGCGUUAUUAACGUAUCAUUUACAAAUCAGUAAAUUAAUGUUUGUUUCAGGUGAAGGAUUUGUUGUGGAACAGCGACUCCACCGUUUUAGCUGUUUGGUUGGAGGAUAUGAAAGCAGGAGAGGACCAACAAGUCAACACUUACAGUGAGUUCAGCAAAAAUCCACGAAAAAGAAAAAUAGUCAUAUGGAUUAUCAGUAAAUGAUCAGUCCAGUAAAUCUGUCCCUGCUUCGUCUGCAGUCCAGCUGUGGUCUGUGGGGAACUACCACUGGUAUCUGAAGCAGAGCCUGGACUUCGGCAGAGACUCUCAAAAGGCUCCAGUCUCCAUCCUCUGGGACCCUGAGCGCCCCCUCAGGCUCCACGUGGUGACCCGUGCUUGGACUACGAUCACUUAUGAUUGGGGCUGGACGACUGAGAGGAGUCCUGGGCUGGAUUCCACUGACAACGCCAACGUGGCCGUGAUCGAUGGAGGUGAGCACGGAGGAGACAAGACGACCCGCAGAUUCAGGAUCAUUUUACCGUGAGCUGAAUUUUCUCUAUCUUAACUCCUCUCAGAUAAAAUCCUGCUGACGACCUUCAGGCUGUGCGUGGUUCCUCCUCCUAUGUGUUCAUUUGAACUCCAGCUGACCUCACCGGUCAACCAGGUGACCUUCCUCUGUCAGCCUCAUAGGACCAAUCAGCUGGCGGCGUUGACUUCUGAUGGACAGAUUUCAGUCUACAGACAAGGUUCGUUAUUCUGUGUUUACUUCCUUUUUGUUAAAACAGCUUUUUAUGAAUGAGGAUAUGAGUCCAAACCACAAGAGGUGAGAUUAAUUUGACCUCUUUUCUUCUCCCAGAUUCAGGAGAGCAGGCGGACAAAACCAAAGAUGGGUUCAGGAUGGUGUCUCGCCCUCUCGUCCUGCACAAAACCUUCAGGUAACAACAACAACCUGCUGUUUCAGCUGAUUCACUCUUGGUCAUCUGAUCACUGUCUCAAGUCCUUCUUUCCUCUCUUCUGUUUAUCUUCUCCCCCCGUCCUGCAGGGUUACAGUCCACCAGGAGGAGCCUCUUUCCCUGCGGCAGCUGCUGUGGCUGAAGGAUGAACUGUUUGUGGGUGUCAGCCCCGGUCUGCUGCCGACCUCCUCCACCCUGCUGAUGCUCCACCCAGCUCCUGAUGCUGAAGACGCGCUCGCUGUCAGGUCAGCUGCUGUUUCAGUGAAAAAUUCCCCCCUGCUGCAUUCAAGUUCAGGACUCAGCUCUGUGUUUUUGGGUUUCAGGUCAGAGGUGGAGGUGGACGGUGUUGUUGUCAGCGUGGUCCACUGCUCUCAGACCGGCACUGUAGCGCUGCAGCUGGAGGACGGACAGAUCAGGAAGCUGCUCUGGGGUCAGUCUCUAAAAUACAUCGUUAUGGUUGCAAAAUUGUUAUGAUUAUUCAAAUAAGGACAAAAACGGUCCCUUAAAUCAGUGGUUCUCAACUGGUGGGUCCUGACCCAAAAGUGGGCCGUGGACACGUUCUGGAUGGGUCGCAAACAUCUGAUCAAAAAUGUAAAUAUUUAAUUUGCAUCUGAUGUUUGACAUGUCUUUUAACUUGAAAAAUAACUUAUUUUGUGCAAUUUGAUUUUUAUUUGAUAUUUUCUGUACAUGCAACUUUAGUAGUUGUCAUCCUCAGUUCAUGUGCUCUGAAAUUCACUUUACUCAAUAUAAUGGGUGUAUUUGUGUUGAAGAUUUGAGUCUUUAAAGGUUUUUUUAAUAAAAAGUAAAUUAGCUUGGUUCGAAUUCUAUAAAAGUGGGUCGUGACUUCAGGACCAUGAGAAAAUGUGGGUCCCAGAGUGAGACCAGUUGAGAACCGCUGCCUUAAAUAUCUUGAGCACCUGAAAGUCUUCACUUGCUUGGAGCCUCAGUCUGAAUCUAGAAAACCAUGCAGGGCACGGUUCUUCUCAGUAGAUUCGCGCCUGAUAAUUUUCAUUUACCUGCAAUAAAACUCAAAAAUCCAGAUUUUUUCCCCUUUUCUGUGUCUUUGUGAUCAGACUGUCUGGAGCCGUCAGUGGAGGAGUGGCGUGAUUCCAGCGGAUGUUGCAUCAACUUUCCUGUUCCCUGCGUGCAGACGGCCCUCUGCAGCAUCGGUGGAGAGGUAGAGAUAUAAUUACAUACAGGUACAGUGUAGAUCUUGUAUUCUUUAUGGCCUUAAUGUUCCGUCUUUGUAUCUUCAGGAACAUCUGCUGGGUCUGACAGACAGAUCUCACCUGUAUGCAGGUGACACCGAGGUAAGCAGGCGGCUUCAUGUCACACGCUCCUGAAAUCUGAGAUGAAGUUUCAUGAGAAGUGUGUAAACAUCCUUCUGCUUUCCUCUCAGCUGGCCUCCAACAUUUCCUCCUUUGCUGUUUGCAACGACUUCCUCCUCAUCACAACGCACUCCCACACCUGCCGCUGCCUUCAACUGAGCACGCUCAGUGUCAAAGGUGAGAUGGCGGUUAGUGUUGAAUCCAAAGAGUUACAGAAAAAUAACUGUGAGGUUGUGAGGUUGAUAUUGCUGCUGGUUUAUGUCUUGGUACUGUUCAGUAAAUGACCUUUGACCCCACAGGGCUGCAGGCGGCUUUGGCCUUAGAUGGAGUUCAGAACGAUGAGACGAUACGGCGGGUGGAGAGAGGGUCCAGGAUCGUCACUGUGGUCCCUCAAGACACCAGAGUGAUUCUGCAGGUUAGAUUAAAACACACGCACGCACGCACGCACGCACGCACGCACGCACGCACGCACGCACGCACACACACGCCUCUCUGAAAAUGUGAUUUUCUCUGACUUCAUAAAUGCAAAUAACCAUUUUUUUGGUCAUGAUUCGUCUGAUUUGACUUUGGGGGGUUUGUGUUCAGAUGCCACGUGGAAACCUGGAGACGGUCCACCAUCGAGCGCUCUUAUUGGCUCAGCUCAGGGAGUGGUUGGACAAGUGAGUUUGAUGUUUUGUCAUUUUAGAUUCAGUAUUUUUCAUCAUGCAAAAUUUGGAAUAGAAACACGUUUUUUGGUGGAAAAAAGCGGAAGCGUCUCAUUCUGUUUCAGACUCUUUCGCUCACACGUCCGUGUUUUUCUUUUUCAGUUUGAGGUUCAGAGAAGCUUUUGAGUCGAUGAGGAAGCUGAGGAUCAACCUGAACUUCAUCUACGAUCACAACCCGAAGGUAAAGAAGUUACUGCAUAGUGCUGCUUCGAAAUACAAACAGCUGACAUGGUUCACUGCUGUUACCUUUAAAACAGCUGAAUUCCCUCCAAAAAUGUUAACAGAGAUACUUGGAAAUAAAAGUACAAGGCUCUGCAUGAAUAUGAGUUCAUCGUAAAAACAAAAGUCAAUGCUCUGACUCUGUCUCAUGUGUCUCCUCCUCGUCUUCCUGCAGGUUUUUCUGGAAAACAUCGAGACCUUCAUCACACAACUCAGUUCCAUCAACCACAUCAACCUCUUCCUCACUGAGCUCAAGUCAGACUCCUCAGAUCUGCUGCUGCAGAUUUUUAUUCCAUAGAGAGUUCAAUCUUAUUUUGUAUUCAUACUUUCUGUUAUUAAAGAAAUCAUUCAUGGUGUUCAGGGAGGAGGACACGACCAGCAGCAUGUACCCCCGUCCUGAAGGCAGCUCCGCCCAGACUCCUCUUGUUUCCGGGCAGAAGAAGGUGGACGUGGUCUGUGAUGCUUUAAGAAGCGCCAUGGAGUCAAUGGAUCCAAACAAGUCAGUGAAAAUGAAAUUAUUGGCAAAUAUCUGUUCAGAUUAGUUCAAAUAAACCCAAUAAAACUUCACAAUGUGAAAGGUCAAGCUUUUACAGUUUUUAAUUUUGUGUUUUCACGACUCAAACGUCCAGGAAAUAGAAAUGAGAUGAUGAUGGUUUAAAACGACGUUUCUAUCGUCCUUUAUUCAGGUUCUUUCUGUCCACGCUGACUGCUCAUGUGAAGAAGACGGUUCCCGAGCUGGAGAUCGCUCUGCAGAAAGUCCACGAGCUCCGAGGUGAGUAGGAGUCUGAUGAACCUGAUCUGAACUCUGUUUUAAUCAUCAGUAUACGAAGAGCAGAUAUUCACAGCUGGGUUUCUGUGUCCUACAGUGAAUCCUCCUGAAGCUCCUGGUGCCGUGAACGCUGAAGAGGCCCUGAAGUAUCUCCUCUUCCUCGUCAACGUGAACGACCUGUACGAACACUCUCUGGGGACGUACGACUUCGAUCUUGUGCUCAUGGUGGCCGAGAAAUCACAAAAGGUCCAUUUUUAUUCACUCACACUUUUUAUAGAAACAUUUUGUCCUCAUGAAAGUUCAGAUUAAUGAUCCAACACAACAGGCAGAGAAGAUAUGACAGAAGAGGAGGAUCAGCUGCAGAAACCAAGAGACAUUAACCAGUUUUUGUGCGUUAACUAACUCCUGGACUUGGUUCCUGCAGGAUCCCAAAGAGUACCUCCCCUUCUUAAACAUGCUGAAGAGUCUGGAGCCGAACUACCAACGUUACACCAUCGACAGACACCUGAAACGCUACAGGAAGGCCCUGCACCACCUCAGCAAGUGUGGUCAGUCAGUGAGCUGCUCCUCCUUAAUAUUGUGAUCAGUUUGUUAUAGAACUGCUGUAACGGACUUUUCUGUUCAGGAGAGGAACAUUUCCCUGAAGCUCUGCAGCUGGUGAAGGAGCAGAGACUCUACACCGAAGCUCUACGGCUUUACAAAGCUGAUAGUUCUCACUACAAGGUGCAAAUACGACUUCUUCACCGCAGUUAUUCGAGUAACUUCAUCAUGACCGAUAAAAACAGAACUAUUUCUGCAGUAUUUUGUCCCUCGUUUUGGUUGAUCUUCUGCAGCAUGUUUGGUUUUAGGGAUGAACAAAAAGAAGGAUAAACACUCACUCUAACCUUUGACCUCCAGGCUCUGAGCUGCGCGUACGCCGAGCACCUGGUGGAGCAGCAGCAGGCGGAGCAGGCCGGCUUCUUGCUGUGGCGGUGUGGAGAGUUAGCCAGCGCCCUGCAAGCGUUCACCAGCAGCUCCAGCUGGAGGAACGCCAUCUGUGUGGCCCAGCAGAUCCCACUUCCUCCGGACCAGUUAGCUCUGCUGGCCAGAGACCUGGCAGGUGAGAAAAAGGGUUAAUCUGGGUCUAAAUGAUCCAGACUCUUGAAGUUUUCCAUGAGCAGGUAUUUCAGCUCUGACAGGAUCAACUUCAUCCAGAGUCAACAUGACGUUUCCUCUAGGGGGCGCCAAAACCCUCUCAAACUGGAGAUUGUGUUCCUGCUUUUACUCACUAACCUUUAGUGGUUGGAGAGAUCAUCGCUCGUUUUGAGAACGUUUGUUUUUACCCUUUACAGAGAAGUUGAUUGAACAGCGGCGAUACUCAGAAGCGGCUCUGCUGCUAGACCAGUACGCCAAAGUAAGACCAUCAGAGCUGCUGCCUCAGCGCAACAAGAAAACACUUUAAUAAUCCAACAAGAUCCAUCUUACUGUCAAAGCUGAAAGAUACGAUGUUUCUGUUUCUAUAGGACUGUGAGGAGGCCAUUUUGGCUCUGAUCAACGGUGCAGUCUGGGAGGAGGCGCUCCGAUUGGUCAGUGAAAAAAUCAUUUUUGUUUUCACAUUUAUUUCCUUAUAAACUGAUUUUUCAGAUUUGUAGCUUUAGCUGAAAACAGAAGGUUUAAACUGAAAAAAAAAAACAAUCUGUUCUUCAUUUUUGUCUUUUUUUACAUGUUUUUUCACAUUAAUUCUGUUGAUGAGGUUGUUGUUUUUCCUGUUUCAGAUUUACAUGUACGACAGACAGGACAUCACUGAGACGAACCUCAAACCUGCUCUGCUGGAAGGUCAGAAAAGUUCAGACUGGCCUCUUUGGUCACUUUGCGUGCCUAUAACAAACACGAUUAAAGCAGUAUAACAACGUCUUACAGUUUGUCACUGAAAUGCGUGUAUCGUGUCAGCUUUCAACACUCAGACCACCUUCCUGGAGGCUCAGGUAGCGACGUUCACUCGGCACAGGACCCGGCUGGCUGUGGUCCGAGAGCAGAAGGAGAAGGCCAGACUGGACAUGCUGGGUGAGAACGAGUCAGGACAGAGAAUAUCAGAGCGGACGUGAUUUCAGCUGUGGUAUCCUGAGUUAAAUUUAUGAAUAAAUCACCGUUUUAAUCUGUCCUCUUCAUCAGAUGAAGACGGUCCUGACUGUCCUGAUGCUGAGCUCUACUCUGAAGCCAGCAGUGUGCUUACCGGCUCCAAAUACUCCCACAGUAACUCCCGCAUCUCCUCGUAAGACAAACACACUCUCUCUUUCCUUGCUGAGUAUCUUCUCCCUAUCAGGGUUGCUCUGAGUGCUUUAGAGGAACAUUUUGAACUUCGGUUUCUGCAGGAGGUCGUCAAAGAACCGCCGGAAAGCAGAGCGGAAGAAGUUGAGUCUGAAGGAGGGGAGCCCGAUGGAGGACCGGGCGCUCAUGUGUGCUCUGGGAGACAUCACCACCACUGUGGACAAGAUGAGAGGUGCAGAAACAAACACAGUCUGAGUUUGAGAUUUACCACCAUGUCGCUGUCUGAAUAAUAAGAUCGGUCAUCAUCUAGAUUGACUGACAGCUCCUUUGUCCCUCCCCCUUCCUUGUAGAGGAGGUCCACAGCCUGCUGAAGGCCCUGGUGUUGUUCCACUUCGACAAACAGGCGGAGAAGCUGCAGCAGGCUUUCAGCGAGGCUCUGCAGAUGAUGGAGGCGGCGGUCCCUGAGGUGUGGCCUGAAAGCCUGCAGAGCAAUCAAACUCCGGUAAAGACAAUAAGAUAUCAGAGUUAUGUUAGUCAGAGAGUUGUUAAAAAUAGUGACAAACAGACUGAGUGAUUUAUGAAUGUAAUUCUUGUCUUUUGUGUGUUUCAGCUGACCGGACCAAACUCAACUGCAAACAGCAUCAUGGCUUCAUUCCAGCAGCAGCAGCAGCAGCAGAGACCUGCAGCUCCACCACAAGGUCAGCACAACUUUUAAUGAGGAAUAUGAGUUUACCGCCUCGCGAUCAGCUGUUUGAAACAUUGAAUCAUUUGUCUUUUCAGCCGCUGAAGUCCUGACGCCGCCGAAGAUGAGAAACAGUGUCAAGUGGAAGCUCACCGUUCUUACAUGAUUCUCUCUUUUCUUUGAAUGUACAGUCAAAUAGAAAUUAUGCCGUUAAUAAAGAUUCUUGUAGUUUCCUCUCACUACAAGUCUUUAGCUUCAUUUUUCAGGGGUCUGGAAACAACAAAA